CUGACGGAAAGCGAAUGAAAAGCAAAUGGCAAAUGAAUAUUUUUUUGGCAACAAAUGGCUGUAUUAAAUUACAAAUCCCUUGUUACGUUUUAUUUGACUUAAAAUAUAUUUUUCUAAUUGUUCCAUGUAGUCCCGCUUAAUUUAAAAUUGUUAUAGUAAUAAUUAUUUCAGAAAAUCAUGUGUAAUAUAAAUGUUUAAAUUAAAACGUAAAAGACGAAAACUAGUGUAAUAGAAAUGCUUCAUUUGGAAAAUUAUCAUUGACAAAAUGUGUUGUCAAAUAAAAAUAUUAUUCUAUUUCUGUUUAAUCUUCGGCGUAUCUUCAACACACAUUAAAGGAGAAUUCUCAACAGAAGAUUUUUUCAAGUUUUUGGUGAAAUUUGGUUUUCAGAAAACUGACAUCCAUUACCAAAAGGAAACAUAUGGCUACAUUUUUGGAAACAUAACAUCUAACAAACAAUUUAAAUAUCCGAUUACAUUCGCAGUUUUAGAUAGAAGACACUUUUUACAUUAUUACAACAGCCGUAAUAUAGAGAACAAAGAAAAGGCAUGUCAGGAAAUGUUUCAGAAAUUAAAUAAUUCUGCUUAUCAUCCUAAAUGCAAUGCAAAUGGUCAAGAUUUAUUUAGAAGAAUACCAUGCCCCAAAGACAAAUUAUGUGUUGAUGAAGAUACACCAUGGAAUGUGGUAAAAAAAAAUCAGUUUACUUAUGUUAUCCAAAACUCAGGUCAACCUAGAUUUUGGUAUGUGUCAAUGGUGGCAUGUUACUUAGAUGAGACUACAUGCACUUGGCAUCACUAUAGUGGAACACCAUCCAAAGACAACAAGACAUUGACGGACAUACCACAAAAUUUGCAGUAUGACUUUUGGCUGGUUAAUGGAAGUCCAAACUUAUCUUUCUACAACACAUUACUGUACCAAUUUUCAUUUGAUCGUCAAAAUACACUUGAGUUGUAUUUAGUCUUUUGGCUAUGUUACAUUAUUCUACUGCCAGUACAAAUAUAUGCUGUCAGAACUCAAAAACAUCCAGUCACAAAAUUGUUUACAUUCAGUCUUGUCCUGGAAUUCAUUGCACUUUGCUUCAAUGUCCUUCAUACAGUUAAAUUUGCAGCAGAUGGUGUCGGCUUUGCUGGAUUAGCAGUAGCCGGAGAUAUACUAGACAUUAUGAGUAGGACACUAUUCAUGUUACUUCUGCUACUGCUGGCAAAAGGCUGGGCAGUGACGAGACUGGAGCUGACUUAUAAACCUCUGGUAUUUGGAGUCUGGCUUGGUUAUGGAAUUGUGCACAUACUACUCUAUGUGUGGAACACUACUGAAGUGGACAUAAUAGAAGAGAUAGACGAAUACCAGACGUGGCCUGGCUGGCUGAUAUUGACACUGCGUGUGGCUAUUAUGACGUGGUUCGUAUUGGAACUACGGAACACUAUGAUGUAUGAGCACAACAUGCCAAAACUGAAUUUCCUCCUACAUUUUGGUGCUUCAAGUUUGGUAUGGUUCGUGUAUUUGCCAAUCAUUGCGCUUAUAGCGCUGCAGAUCAGCCCGCUGUGGAGAUUCAAAUUCCUUUUGGGUAUAACAUAUUCAGCGGAUUGUCUAGCAUUUUGUGUUAUGGCGCACUUGUUGUGGCCUACGCGCUCUGAGCAGUACUUAUUGCUGACACCGUCAGAUUACACAGCGGGGAUAGAAGAACUGGACGAGUUCAACGAAUCCCCUCAUGUGGUACAUAGUGAUACGGUAGCGUUGACGACCGCCGAAAGUGUCAAUGCGGAUGAAGAGGAAGUGAUAUUCACCCGAGCAGCGCACAAAAAUGGCACUGCCUUCUCAUAGCAAUGUGAAUAGAUCCAACUUUGAACGUGAUUAGGUAUUAUUACCUCGAGAGCUCACAGCCUAUGUUUUGGGGAGUUCUCUCGAAAUUCAAACGAAUGCCAAGAUAUUCCUUUCAGUUCUGAUCGCUUGAUCAAUUCAAUAACGAAUUUCAAGCGGAUUAUAGAUCUGUAUGUCGAAUUUAGUCAACGUACCUAAUAAAAAUGCAUAUGAAGUUUUAGUGCAAGAAAAUGCAUGUUACGUAUUUUCUAAGUCAACUUAGUGAAUUAUAUGUCAAAGUGAAUAUUUUAAUGUAAGUAAUUUGAAAGCACAAAAAGCCAAUGUACAAUUUUGAAAAUUUUCACGACAUAAUCAGAUAUGAUAUUGCUGGGUUACAUUGUGUAAGGUGCCAACCUUUAUUAUCAAUUAUAAAGAGACAAGCUAGAUAGCAUAAAAUAUAUAAGUACCUAAGGUAAUGUUAAAGUCGUAAAAUGUUAAAGAAUUUAUUAUGAACUAAGAUUCAUGGUAUGACUGGUCUCUGUUGUUAUGAUGACAUAAGAUUAUUAUGGUGGAGUGUGGUCCAGCAACAAUAUUUUACAAUGCUGAAGCUUACUUAUUAUAUUCAAGACUGAAAUAAAUGGGCAUUUCCUAUAAUUACUAUUACUAAUAAAAACAAUUGAAUACAUUUUUCAAAUUUUUAUUCCUAAGAAAAUUUGGAACAUACUUAUUGUCUUAAUAUUAACACCAGUAAGUGGGAUUUUAUGCUUAACGAUUAUUUUAUAUUUUUAUAUACUUUAAUUUAUGAGACAGUAGUUUGUUUUUUUUAAUAAAUAACUGAAAUAAUUUUAUAAAAUAAUUAAUAUUAGUUGUUUGUAUUAAAAUAUAUAGCCAAUAAGGCAGAUGUAUCUUUUAUUGUAUACUGGUAUUUGGAAUUAUAUGCAAUUUCAGAAUAAAUGUAGCUGUACACAUUCUUUGAUAAAGGUUGACAUAUUAUGUGAAAAACUAACUUCAGCUAAAGUAUAAUAUUCAUAAUCUUUAGGUAGAGAUUAUGUAUUCCUAUUAAUAUAAUGGUUUUGCUAUUACAUAUGUAUUAUGAAGUAGUAGUUAAUAUCUUUACUAUUAAAAUACCUAGAAAUAAAAAUCCUCUAUUCUUACUAGCAUUAACAGCUGUAUUCCUAGUUUUCUUACUGAUAGUUAACUUGGAAAAGUAUUUAUAUUAUUAUUAGUCACAUAAUUAGUAGUAAUUUUGGGAACUGCCUAAAGAAAUAGACCAUAGAUAUGGACUGAAAUAGACGUCAUAACUGCCUAUACUUUUUUUUAUUCCAAAUUAAGUACCUAAUAGACUCGAGCGUCAAAUAGUCGUUGAAAAACGUACUAGCGUUACAAAACGGUAUUUUCGCUGUUUAGUGCAAGAGGACGUUUGCUAUCAAUAAAUAUCUUUUAAAUAAGAAUGUACUCGUAGGUAGGUAACGUCAAGGUAAGUAGUAUAGUGCCACUCAGAUAAAUUACGUAUCUUUGAGUGUCACACCUAGUUCUUAUAUAGGAGGAUAAGGCAUUUACGGCGUCUAUAUCUUUCUGUAUCUGUGAAAUAGACACAAGUACAUUUGGUCAAUAAGUUGAUGAUGAUUAGUGUUAAAAUUCUGUUGUGUUUUUAUUACUAUAAUGUAUACAUAAUAAUUUGAAAGAUAAAAGAAACUCAGUAUUACAUAAAUUACUAAUAUAAUGUUAUAUAUUUUUUUUCUUUUCAUGAAAAAAAAUAUAACAAAGUAUAUUUAUUUUUAAAUUUUCAUUGCGUAAUGAUUUGUUGGUAGUCGUUUUUAUAAAUGUAACCACAUGUUUAUUUUUUCAAAAUAAUAUUUAUUUUGGAUAAUAGAUUUUUUUUUAAUUAACGUAUUUUUUUUUUUCUUAUACAUCUUUGUGUUAUUAUUUUCUGAUAACUUAUUAAAUGAAUACCUAUCAAUUAUAUAUAUAUAUAUAUAUAUAUAUAUAUAUAUAUAUAUAUUACAUGUCUAAAUAACAGAUUGUUCUUUUCUGCGAGUAGAAGGUUAUCACUUUAUUUAAUUAUUUAUACAGUUAUUAAGCAGACUUUUUAAUUAUUUAAAGGUUAAUAUGUUUAUAGCUUUUUUAGUCGUCAUAUACGUACUUAAUGUUUAAACAGAUGAUUACAAUUGGAAAUCGUCAAAAUAUAAUAUUAAAUAUAUUUUUAUUUUGAAUAAUUUUAAUAGUCAAAAGUACGAGAAAUAGAAAAAAAUUAUGCAUUAUUUUAAUUGUUAAUAUCUACAGUUGUGAAUUUUAUUUUGUAAUAUGCACUAUUGAAAUGAACAAUCUUAUGAAAGAAAUACUAUUAUACAUUUUGUAUACAAAUAGUUAUGCAGUUGUUAAGAUAGAUCAAUUUUUCAUAAUGUACAGUGAUUUAUAAGAUAAUGUAUCACAUGAGAUAGUACAAGUAGAUCUCAAUUGGAUUUUAUCAUUUGACAGUGUGGUUAAAUAGAAAGAGUCAACAUUAUAUUUUCCAGUUCCCCAGUGCUUAUUAAUAGAAUAAUAGAAUUUUAUUAUCACUAUAUGGUAGUGUAGUUGUCAAAACAUUAAAGCAUAAUUUUAAGUGGGUCCAGCCACAAGUGUAGUUGUUGUGCCAAGCGAAACUAACUGAUAUUCUUGCCAUAAAUAUUACUGAAAUUGAUUUAUUUUUCAUAAAUUUACCUAUUCAUGUUCAAAGUGAUUUGAUAAAUAUGUUUUACAUAGUAUCUCAAGUGGUAACUAAGUCUAUUAUAAUGUUUCUUGUAGAUGAGUAAUAUAUCAAUGCAAUAUCUUGGACAAAUAUAGCCAACGUUUAUUAAAAUUAAUUAUUAGUUUAUUCAAUUUUUGCGCCAUGAAUAAGUAAUAUUUUAAAUUAAUAAUAAUAUUAGAAAUCUUGACCAGUGAUUUAGAAAUCCAAAAUAUUCUCAGAAUUAAUUACUUUAUUUUCUUUUACAGGCCACCUCUUUUAAUUUUUUCGUGUUAGCACUACUACUAAUUGAAUUAAAAGAUGUGGUAACAUCUUAUUAUCAAUAAAGCUGUAAGAGCGUUAGGCUCUCAGUGGUACUUUGUUUUUUUUGGGAUUAUUAUUUUAAAAAUAGUUUAACUUAUAUUGCUCAUAAUAAACAAUCCGAUAAGUCUCACAUAGUCACUUGGUAGGUGAUAAGUAUUUAGUUGAUUUUUUUUUACAAAUGAUUAUUGUCGACACCAUUUUAGAAUGUAUGAAGUUAUAUUACUAUAGAUUAGCAAAAGGCAUUGUUACCCACUCUACACUACCAUAAUAUAUUGUGUUGUUUUCUUUUACUCAUUAACUAUUAUUUUGGGUUUUGUUUUUCUCAUAAUAUUUUAAAUAGCAAACGAGCUGACGGCCCACCAAAUGGAAAGCUGUAAUCGUCACCUAUACACAUGAACAGCACCAUGAACAUUAUAAAAUACUCUGUUAUUUCCAUUGGUAUUACUCAUGCGUUACAAUGAGGAGUUACUGGGUAGACAGAGAAAACUCAAGUAGGUACAUCCCUUACUUAUGAUGUGCUACUUGGUAAUUCAAUCAAAAUGAAAGCGUUUAUAAGUAAGAGGGAAUGUCAUUAUAAUAGUAUGUAAGUAUGAACUACAUCACAAUUUUAAACUUUUUUGAAUAAUAGAUUAGAAUUAGUAUUGUAUAGUAUAGGUUCAGUGUUUUAUUUACCUAUGUUGGAUCUUGAUUAUAAAUGUAUGUAUAUAUACAUAAUGAUUAUGUAUCUUUUAAAGCAUACAUAACAUUUGUAUAUAAUAUGCGAAACUAAUCCAUCACGUUAUGUUUUAAAGUCAUUGUUUGUGUAGAAAUUCUUAUAAAUUUUUUUUUUUUUUUGUUUUUAUAAAAUUAUCUUCACAUAAAUCGCUACAACAUAUCUGUCUAUAAAUUCCUAUAAAGUAGGUAUGGUCACAUGUAAUAAAAAGUAUAACACGCUAGUACUCUGUCAAAGUCAAUAUCAUUUUUUAAUUUAAAAAUGGAUAAGUGACUGUACCUAUGUACCAUCAUAUACUUACCUACAUUUACAAAUUUUAGCAAUAUCCAUUAUAGUUAUGUGCAUAUAUGAUUUUCUCAUACCUUAGGUAUGUUCUUACUAUCACGCAAUAACGGUUAGUCAUAAUGUGUAUACGAAAGUGAUACCCAAUGAUUAUUAUUUAUCAUGAAUAUUAUGAAACUAGAAUAACUUUCUUCAAGCAGUUUAUAAGUGAUGCCAACAUAAAUUCCUAUUUUUUUGUGACUAUGGUACGCUAUUACGUUAUCUAUGCUAUGUCUCUUCUACACUACGAAACAUUUAACGCACGUCGAUCUGGUAUACCCAUUAUGGCUAAGCUUUUAUGUCUGGUGAAGGAACAUUACAAAAUUCAUCCAUUUACAAACUGUAAAAAUCUGUAUUUAAUUUAAUUAUAUUAAUAUGUAAUGUUCAACUGAUUUGUUUCUUUUAGGAGUAACCAAAUCAAUUGGCCAAAGAUAAAAAUAAAAAUUCAUUAGGUACUAGUCUGUGAUGUCAAUAGAUAAUUAAAACGUAAAUGUUACACUUUGGCAGAGUUUCAUACUACUGACUUAAGUUAACAAAUAACCUAAUGGUUUUUUUUUUUCACCAGUAAUUAAAUACUAUUAUGAUACCUUAUUUAUCCCAUUAUUUGGGGUCAGCACAGUAUAUUUUCCUCUUCACACAUUUUUAACAUGGUAUAACCUGCUCGUAACUGUUAUUUCCUCGUAAAGAUCCUUGGUGUUCUACAAAGAUCCACUGAUUAAUUAUUUUUUAAAUAUCGUAGGGAUAUUCGGACUUUUUCGGUUUGUUUAAUUGUAGGUAAACUUUUUGAUCACACCUGUAUCAGAUUAAAAUCUGCCUAGGCUUUAAUCUGAGUCAAACUAUCAUAAUUGGUUUUUAUGUUUCUUCAAAUCUCAACCUUAUAUCUUUUCUCUAGUCGAAGUCCCUUUUCACUAUCUUUAUGAAGAUUUGUAAAAUUUACUAUUGGCUAGUAUUCUUCACUAACGAUACAAUCCCACUGGCUUCAAAAAUAUCGAAUAGCAGUUUGUAAAAUGAUGACGUCGUUUAUAUACGUAAAUCGUUUACCACAUUGUAAGUAUAAAUUGUCUACAUUAAUAUGGUACGCCUCUCCAAAAUCCAAAUAAUUAAAAAUGUGUAAGCAAAAAUAUUUAAAAGAUUUCGACUCUAGUCGGACCGCUACUCAAAACGUUUUCUCACAAACAAACACCACGUCAGUAUAUGGUCACACACAUUGAAAUGUAAAGUUGAAGGGGCGUGCCAUGUUAACUUAAACAAUCUAUACGAGUAUCUACCUAAAACUUAUGUUAAUAUUUGUGUACAUGACUAUAGGUGUAGCAUAACUAUUAUUGUCAAAGUUAAUAUUUACUGUAUCCAUAUUUUCAUUCUAUGUAUAAGAUAAACAAGUUGUCAUUUACAAUUAGUCAUUUGUAUGAUUCCAUUUUUGUAUUGUUUGUAUUAUACCUAAAUAUUUUCUAAGUCCCUUUGUAGCUGUGAAAAAAAUGUAAAUAAACUCCAUAUUAUUAUUGA